UGGAAGCAAAAAGUAAAAAGCUUUUGGAUUGAAAGAAAAAUUGAUUUGCCCACAUGCGGCUAAGUGUCGAGGGUGUUGGCAGUUCCUCUCUUAUAUAACACGGUAAUAUUAUUACUGCGACACACAUUUCCAGUCAACACAGAGAAGACAGGGAUGCUCACUGACUGUGCAGACCUCUCACAGUCAUGAAGCUUGCAGGUUUUCUCCUUCUGUUCCUCCUCACAGAUAGAAGUACCUACAGUCACUCAGAGAAACCAGAGCUCCUUGAUGAUCAACAGAAGUCAAAUCACAGCUUUGGGGGAGAUGGAAGUACCUCCAAUUGCUCAGAGAAAGUAGAGCUUGAUUAUCAACAGAAGUCAGAUCAGAGCUUUGAGGGAGGUGGAAAUACCUCAGAUAACUCAUAUGUUUAUGAUGACGAUACGGACCACAACAAAGAUGCUGUAGAUAAGGUGAACUGCAGUUAUCAGAUUUUGUUUAACCACCUGAACCUGACCAAAAACAUGGAGCUGUACACUAUGGUCCGACCUGACUUCAAUGAGAUUACAUACAUACACCUUCAAAUGUCACUCUAUAGUAUCUUUGAUGUGAGAGAGAUCGACCAGACUUUCAUUUCUUACGUGUGGAUUUAUAUGGGCUGGGGCAAUAAAUACAUUGGGUGGCAUCCAUCUAACUUUUGUGGACUUGAAAAAGUAGUAGUUCCUAAAGAAUUAUUGUGGAGGCCAGAUAUAACUAUUGAAGAGAUGACAGAGAAAGACAAGUCCCCCCCGACUCCUUUUCUCACCUUAAGAUGGGAUGGUAAGGUUGAAUUUAGGAAUGACCAGGUGCUGGUCAGCUCAUGCAGGAUGCAAAUUUUCAAAUUCCCUUUCGACAUUCAGAGCUGCAACCUGUCUUUCAAGUCUGUUGUAUACUCUGAUAAAGAACUAAAGUUUGAUGUAGACCUCAAUGUUACAAAGAUCACACGAUGGUCUCGUGAAUUGAUGCGGACCCAGUAUGAGUGGCUGUUCAUCAACAUAAGUGCCGAAGAGAAAACUGUCAACAAUUUUAGCUACAACCAAAGCAUGAUCGUUUACACUAUCAAAAUGAGGAGGCGGUCUGUCCUCUACAUCAUCAAUUUCAUACUACCCGUCCUGUUCUUCUUCUGUCUGGACUUGGCCUCCUUCCUGAUGUCGGACACCGGAGGCGAGAAGGUUGGCUUCAAGGUCACUGUGCUGCUUGCUGUUACUGUGAUGCAGCUUAUUCUCAAUGACAUUCUGCCGUCCUCUUCAGACAGGAUUCCACUUAUAGCGGUCUACUGCAUUGGGAUGUUUGGUUUGAUGCUUCUGAGCCUCUUGGAGACGAUUUUGAUGAUGUAUCUGGUGGAGAAAGACUCUGCAUCCCAAGACAAUGAUGCCGAUGAAGACCAAAGCCUGAGUGAGGACUGUGGAGACAAACAGGGCAAAGACAAUUGUGAUGGAGAGGUGAAGAAAUGGAAUCACUGUGCCUGUGUCUGUGAUGUGUCUGCUGACGAACCUCCAUCUGAACUGCUGUCAGUGGCCAAAGAGUUUGCUUUAUCUCUGCUUGACCUCCCAUGUCCCUUAAUCCUUCUGGGUAGCAGCAGCCAACUGAUGGAGUGCAGUGUCUUGAAGAAGGUCUCGGAUGAGCUGACAGCAGUGCAGAAAACAUUGACUCUGCUCCUCAACAGCAGGAAGGAAGAAGGGAAGCUUGGCUACUGGACCAGAGUGACUAAAACCAUCAACAAAGUUUUCUUCAUUUUCUACAUCACAUCAGCAAGUGUGUUUUUAAUUAUUAUCUUUUCAAUAUGGGCGAAUGAAGAUUACAAGUAGUGCUCAAGUUUAAAAACACAAUUUGGUCAUUUUUCAUGGAUGCUAACACAACUGUACUCUGUGUUCACGCCUGUAGUUCACUUUCACUGGUCUGGGCCAAAGAAAACAAUGACCUAUUGUUGCUCAAACAAACCGUUAUGACUAGUCUUCAUCACAAAGUCUCUGCAAUGAAAUGAUUCACAUUACUAUUAAUAAUCAAUGUUGGCUUACACUACGCAGACACUGUGCUUUGUUAUUUAUUUUUGACACAGAGAGCAGUCCCACUGAACAUAUUAAGGCUCAUUUAUAGUCCCUUUACGUACGAAAAUGUAUACGUCCGUUUCAAACGAUGUUACCGU